CCGUACCAGGAAGCGAUGAGCUGACUGUUGACAUCUCUCUUGCAAAGUAAGAUGAAGUAAUGUCGAGGCUCUGAUUCCUACAGGCAGUUUGCUGCGCUCCAAACUUGAGUCGUCGUUCCUUGUAACGUUGCGGCUGAAAGGUUACUUGCAGCCUGGCUGUCUGAGAUGGAUGGUGGAGAGGAUGUGCGAGUGGAAGCUGUCCCAUACUGCUGCUCCACCUGUGAUGGAGGGGAGGUCGGUGGACGAAACCUGGCAAGACGCAACAGGAAGGGCCGUAGCCUGAGCACCUCCUCAGCCGGCAGCUCCUCUGACUACAGGAGGCCCCAGUCGCUUCAUGGACCAAGCCCAGUGACCACUUUCGGCCCGAAGGCAUGCAUGCUCCAGAAUCCACACACAGUAAUGCACAUUCAGGACCCCGCCAGCCAGAAACUGACGUGGAACAAGCCACCAAAAAGUGUCCUUGUCAUCAAGAAGAUCCGAGAUGCCAGUCUGCUUCAGCCUUUCAAAGAGCUCUGCAAAUUCCUCACCGAGGUGAAAGACAUGAUUGUUUAUGUGGAAAAGAAAGUUCUGGAGGACCCAGCCAUUUCAGAUGAUGAAAACUUUGGGGCCAUAACUAAGAAAUUCUGCACUUUCAGAGAUGAUCUUGAUGACAUCUCCAAUUGCGUAGAUUUCAUCAUCUGUCUCGGUGGGGAUGGAACUUUGCUGUAUGCAUCGUCACUCUUCCAGGAAAGCGUUCCACCAGUUAUGGCCUUCCACCUGGGAUCCCUGGGUUUCCUUACACCUUUUAAAUUUGAAACCUACCAGUCUCAGGUCACACAAAUUAUCGAAGGUAAUGCUGCCAUCGUUCUGCGAAGUCGCUUGAAAGUCCGGGUGCUGAAAGAGAACUGGGAGAAGCAGGCCAGAGUGGACGAAAAGGGCAUCAUUCUCACUAAUGGAGACAUCGAAAGCAGCCGGAAAGCCGUGCAGUAUCAGGUACUGAAUGAGGUGGUAGUUGACAGAGGACCCUCGUCUUAUCUCUCCAAUGUGGACCUCUUCCUGGACGGACACCUCAUUACCACCGUGCAGGGAGACGGUGUGAUAGUAUCCACACCGACAGGAAGUACAGCGUAUGCAGUGGCAGCAGGAGCUUCCAUGAUCCAUCCCAACGUCCCUGCCAUCAUGAUCACCCCCAUCUGCCCACACUCGCUCUCCUUCAGACCCAUCGUGGUGCCUGCCGGGGUGGAGCUCAAGAUAAUGCUGUCACGUGAUGCCAGAAACACAGCCUGGGUGUCCUUUGAUGGAAGAAAGAGACAAGAGAUCUGCCACGGAGACAGUAUUACCAUCACCACAUCCUGCUUCCCCGUUCCCUCGAUCUGUUUCCGGGACCCGGUCAACGACUGGUUCGAGAGCCUGGCCCAGUGUUUACACUGGAACGUGAGGAAGAAGCAGAACUACCUCAGUUCAGAGGACGAGGAGUUCUGAAGGACAAGGCAUCAAGUCUCAAGGACUCUUUAGUCUUGGUUUUAGCUUGACCAUGCUCUGUGUGGCUUUAUCUUUUAUGGACAGAAGGUUUCACCAAACUCCAUUCAAAAACACCUGCUGUAACAGUGUAUUUGUCCUUCACAUGUUAAAAUAGUUUCAUGGUAGUUUUCCAAACAGCACUUUAGCUGCAGUCUUCAAUGGUGAAUUUUUGCGGGAUGAAUGUGUAGGAAAAAGAGGCACACUCAGUGUUCAUUUAAAUUAAUUAAAAAUGAAUUAAUAAUUAAAAUAAAUUAUAAUUGUAAUACAUUAACAUUAAUAUAGUAUAAUACAAUCCAUGAACCAAUACAUUCUGAAAUAAAUUAUAUAAUCAUACAUUAAAACUCAUCACUACUAUAACAUGCUAUGUCACCACAAUGUUUUUGCAAAAGUUUUAUUUAUUUAAUUAUUGAAGUGCUUAAUGUUAAUUAUACAUUGUAUUUUUUGACAGUGAAUCACAGAGAAACUCCUUAAAGACGAGAUUGGCUGAAAGACGGAGACUGGUGAUGUCCCGACUUUUGAAUAUUUUUUAAAUAAUUGUCAUUUACUGUGACAUAUCAAAACAGACUUUUUGAAAAAAAAAAACAUUUUUUAAAUAAAAAAAUUCUAUAUUAGGACAAAAAUAUAAAAUAAUUUAAAUUUAAUAAUUUAUCAAAUUAUUUCAUAAUUUAUCGGACACUGAGGUUUCAUAGAAAACAAAUCUGAACAUUAAGCCUACUCAAUCAUUCUACUCAGAGAACCAGGAUUACACAAGUAACAAAUGUAAUGGCAUGUUGUAAUGUGUAAGAACGGUAAAAUGGUGAAUUUUUGAAUGGAGUUUGGCUCCACUAUUGUUCCAGGAUCGUCCCUGUGUGGUUUUUCCUCACUUUCUCUACAAACCGGCCUUUUGCAGUCAAAAAGCAGUUUAUAGAGAAAGUUUUUUGAUGACUAAUCAAAGUAAAUGAUGUCUUGGGACGAACUUGGUCUCAAACCCUGAAGGUCAGUCUUGGAUGGCUGUUAUUGCAAUACUGUUGAUCUAUUCUAGCACUUUUUUAGUCUUUUAAGACGGGUGGCAGGGACACAUCUACUACUUUACUACUACAAUAAAAGCUAGUUCUUUUAAAAUAAGUAAAUGAUCAGUUGAACUUCUCUGGAAAAUUCAAAAAAAAAAAAUAUGUUAAAUCAAACUGUCCUGAAUUCUGUAAACUGAUCCAAUGUCAUGAUUCAAUGACAAAUGUUGUCUUACACAAUUGUAGGUGCAUCCCGGGGAAGAGCAGAUUUACAGUGCUUCUACUUGGCAAUAGAGGCCCAACUGUACAGACUGUGCCUUAAACACUGUUAUCAUUAAUGUAUAAAAAUAUAAUUUUUCAAAGUUUACAUCAUGGUGAUGUAGUCACACACGUGCAUAGAUAUGUUAUUUGUGCAUUUUCAUUGUAACCACACAUUGACUCCCGUCUUUGCUGUCUGCAGUGCAUGACACUUGAUCGACUAAUUGAGUUAUGUCGUAUUUCUUACACAUCCUCUGUUCUGGCCAUGUAGUCAAUGCAUUGGACGAGAUGAGAAGAAUGCAGGCAAGGAGGUGAUCUUCAGAGAGACCACAGCUCAGAUGUUUUCAGUGUCUUCUGGUUAAAAAAACAUUUUUAUUAAGCCAUAGCUGAACUCUUUAUAGGUUUUAUAGACCAAUGUCUGUGGGCUGUGGGUGAUUUAUGGGUCUGUGUGCUCUGUGUAUGUUGAGGAUUACAUUUUUCAGAUUUUGGUCAGUUUGCUACAGGUCUGCCAUUGUGCAGUCUUUGCUAAAUAUUUCAAGGUGGCCUACCUUACAUAUCUGUUCACAUGUAAUGUCGAGAUGUUAAUACAUACAUUAUGAAUUGGCUCAACAAAAUGUGUUGGGGUGAAAACAUGUCACCUGUUGUAAUGUCAAGUGGACCAACUGAGCUCUAAAAGGCAAUCAUUCCUUUAACUCUGUAUAUAUGUGAUGCUUGAAUAAGAUGUAUUUUGUAAAGUCUAUAUGUUUAAUAACCUGUUUACAAUGUAUCAAUGCUCAAAAUAAAUCUAUUUGGUACUUUUUUUUUUACAUCAA